GCACGGCACGGCACGGCGCGGCGCAGUGACCCGGCCGACACGCCGCUCUCCUGGGCUCAGCUCUGCGCUGCCCCCGGUGCGGGCUCGGCCCGGCUCCGCCAUGUGGCUCUCGGCCCUGCUCCUCGGCGCCUUCCUGCUCUCCGGCCCGGUGCGCGGCAGCGACGGCUCGGCUUCUACUCCUAUCACGUGCUUUACAAGAGGACUUGACCUUAGAAAGGGGACAGAAGAUGUCCUUUGCCCAGCAAACUGUCCUCUGUGGCAAUUCUAUGUCUUUGGGGAUGGAGUUUACGCCUCUCUUUCGAGCGUCUGCGGAGCUGCCAUACACAGCGGGGUGAUUACCAACACAGGAGGAGCUGUAAGGGUGCAGACUCUCCCAGGACAGGAAAACUACCCUGCUGUAAAUGCUAAUGGCAUCCAGUCUCAGGUGCUCUCUAGAUGGGCUUCAUCUUUCUCAGUGACUGGUGCCCAGAGCACAGCCCUGGAAGCCGUGGGACGAUCGGUGUCCACAGCGCGUCCUUCCACAGGUAAAAGACCUAAGAAGACUCUUGAUAAAAAGGCUGGAAACAAAGACUGUAAAGCUGAUAUUGCCUUUCUCAUUGAUGGAAGCUACAACAUUGGCCAACGCAGGUUUAACUUGCAGAAAAACUUUGUUGGAAAAGUAGCUGUAAUGUUGGGAAUUGGAACAGAAGGGCCUCAUGUUGGGGUCGUACAGGCCAGUGAACAUCCAAAAAUUGAAUUCUAUCUGAAAAACUUUACUGCUACAAAAGAAGUUUUGUUUGCCAUAAAAGAAUUAGGCUUCAGAGGAGGCAAUUCCAAUACAGGCAAAGCUUUGAAGUACACAGCUCAGAAAUUCUUCUCUUUGGAAAAUGGAGCACGGAAGGGAAUUCCCAAGAUCAUUGUAGUGUUCCUGGAUGGCUGGCCCUCAGAUGACCUAGAAGAAGCUGGCAUAGUGGCCAGAGAAUUUGGAGUCAACGUGUUCAUUGUGUCUGUAGCAAAACCCACAACAGAGGAGCUGGGAAUGGUACAAGACAUUGGCUUUGUGGACAAAGCUGUCUGUCGAAACAAUGGCUUCUUCUCUUACCAAAUGCCCACCUGGUUUGGUACUACCAAAUAUGUCAAACCUCUUGUCCAGAAGCUGUGCUCACACGAGCAGAUGUUGUGUAGCAAGACCUGCUACAACUCCGUCAACAUCGGCUUCCUGAUAGACGGCUCCAGCAGCAUCGGAGAGAGCAACUUCCGCCUCGUGCUGGAGUUCGUGAGCAACGUGGCCAAAGCUUUUGAGAUCUCUGACAUCGGCUCCAAGGUGGCGGCUGUGCAGUUCACCUACGACCAGAGGACCGAGUUCGGCUUCACCGACUUUGUCACCAAGGACAAGGUCCUGUCGGCCAUCCGCGGCAUCCACUACAUGAGCGGGGGCACGGCCACCGGCGAUGCCAUCUCCUUCACCACCAGGAACGUGUUUGGGCCAGUGAAAGAUGGGCCUAACAAGAAUUUCCUCGUCGUUCUCACCGAUGGUCAGUCUUAUGAUGAUGUUAGAGGACCUGCUGCAGCUGCACAAAAAGCAGGAAUAACAGUCUUCUCUGUUGGUGUUGCCUGGGCACCUUUGGAUGAUCUGAAAGACAUGGCUUCUGAACCAAGAGAAUCUCAUACCUUCUUCACCAGGGAGUUCACAGGAUUGGAGCAGAUGGUUCCUGAUAUUAUUAGAGGCAUCUGUAAAGACUUUUUGGACUCUAAACAAUAAAAAAAUCUGCAGUUCACUAUUACUAUUUGAAACUAAAAGUCAUGAAAUUGAAAUGGUCCCUCUAAAGUACAGAUGUUUUAUUCUUAUAUAUGCUAUCACAAUACAGAGGAAGAUGAAGGGCUACUUUUUAUUUCUGUAAUCAGUCAAAGAUUUCUGUGAGCUUGUACUUGAUCCUGAAGUGCAGGAUUUGGCCAACAGUUAAUAUUUUUGACAUGCAUAUAGCAUCCUGAAGUUCAAAGCUUUGCAUAUUGUGCACUUAAGAAUAGCAGAUACUGAGAGGAAAUAAUACAGCUCUGACAUUUUUUCCUGACACUUGCUAAACACCUUCUUAGGAGUUAAAAAAAUCUUUAAAUAUAAGGUACUACCUUCUAUAAGCUUUCCGUAGCUUACAAUUCUGUAUCUUUGGAAAGAGUUCUGCUGAUAACACAGUACUUUCAGUGCUCCUGAUGUGCAACAUCCAUUAUUGCCAGGCAGCUUGAGAAAAGAUAUGACAGAUUGUAGCUGAAAGAGUCUAUUUUUACUAGUUGGGGUUUUGUUGGAUCUGGAACAAAUUUUAUAUCAAAAGUCAUUUAACUUCUACCCACAGAUUUCUGUGGAUCUAUUUGGUUGGUUCUUUUAGCACAGAAUUUUAAAGGCAUUUAAGGUACAGUAGAGAAUCUAGGUCCUAAUAUAUUAGCUACUACUGCUGCUUUCUGCACCACUGAAGUCAACAGUGAUAUUCCAAAUAAAACUGACAACCGGAUAUUUCCUGUCUGCUGCCUUGUAUUGUCUUGAUUUGACUAAGUUGUUAUUGGCCAGACAGUUAGAGACAGGAAUCUUGGGCCAAGAGAUUAAAUAAGACCACACAGUGGGAACUGAGAACAUUCAAAUUCAAGUCCAGAGGUAUCUCAAACCUUUAAACCUAAUGGAUUUAUAUCAGAUUACAUGGUCAGAAAAGAAGAGAGUAGGUAGACACAUUAAGUUGGAUUUAGUAGUUCAGAGAAUAACAAUUUCAUAAUGGUAGUAAAAACACCUUUAUAGAUGUGUGAGGUUUUCUGAAAAUAAAAGAACAGUUUUCUUGGAAAAGGCUUUCAUUUGAUUGCAUACCUAGUAAUGUUGAUAUAUUUAUAUGGACACAUAUAUGGCUAAAAUGAUGUGAUAUUCUCUAAGUUAUUCCAGUGUCCUGGUGUGAAUAACAUACUCUAAAUAUUCUGAAUAAAUAAAGGGAGUUUGCAAAUAAAAUGUAUAGUAGAAAACAAAACAGCACUUUUCCUAUCAAUCUGGGGUUUCCCUUUUUUCCUCUCCCCCACUAUUGAUUGUAAAAUUUCUAGUAGUUAUGGAGUGGCACAGAAAGGAUUGUAUUCAUUGGGCUUUUGCUGUGCUUUUUAAUAACUUAUAACUGACUAUAUAUUACUCUAAACAUAAAUGGCAAAGAUUCCUUGUAUUUUUCUAGCAAUUGUUAUCCCUAAUUUUGUUAUGUGUUUAUAGGUAAGAGUAUUAAGCCUUUGCUGUAUAAAUUCAUAUGCUAUAUCAACUUUGUGCAAAAAUUCAAUUAAUUUAGUUUAUAAACUUUUUAUAGAAAUAUAUAUUGCAAGAAAACUGGGA